AUGUCUACCAACAACAACAACGUCAAUGGUAGCGACAAUGAUGAUGUUGAUCUUCUCAAGAUUGUGGAGAGGAGGUUGCAGCAAGGCAGUGCGGAAAGCGGUGAAGAAGAGAAAGUAUCAACAGCUGCCUCCGAUGCUCCCUCGAGCUACUUUGCUUCUUCUGCUACCAGUAGUCCUACUGCCAAUGGUGCUGCCCCUCCUCCUCCAACCUUGGCCACCACAAGUGGCUUUGAUAUUAUGAAGAUUGUCAGAGAAAGAGCAGGUGCUGCUGCAAGUCACGAGACAGCUGGGGACUUGGAGCUGGUACAGGUCGCCGAAAAUGGUAGCAAGACAACCCGCCAGGAGAGUGACAACAACCUCCACGACAGAACCACAAAGGUUGCACAAAUGCCACAGCCACAACAAACCAUUCUAACAAGGCAACCCGAAUUUUCUAGACAACAUCAAAGUAAUCCUGGUGCCUAUGCCAUUGAUGGUCCGGGUCUUGCUAAUGACGACACUGAGAAUCAUUCCAAUAGUAGUUCUGGUAUGUCAAGUGACGACGACGACGACGACGACGACCUGGACAAUUGGGAUCAAGAACAGACUGAGGAUAUCAUUGCCAAUCCUAUUGAUGAUGAUCAGCAGACAGGCCUGUUGCCAAAUGCAGAGCCACUAACAACCAACCAGAGACCAAGAGAGUACUGGAGGAAAAAGCUGCUUUGUUCACUCUCAGUUGAGAUCAUUGUGGCUUUCGUUGUUAUAUCCAUGAUUAUUGUCCUAAUUGUUGUGCUGACAUCCAAACAAGGAAGCAAAAAUCAGCCACCUAAUCAAAAUGGAUCAAGUCUUCACUCCCCAGAACUGCACUGUAAUGACAAAGGAGAAAUCAAAGCAUUGGAAUUUUGGAUCACCAAUAAUCUGGAAGGAACGCUGCCACCCGAGAUCUCGAUAUUGGGCAAGAGCUUGCAAAAACUUGCAUUCCUGCGAGAUAUGCAAGUGGAAGGAACGAUCCCAACAGAGGUUGGACUGCUGACAAAACUAACAAUGUUGAAUUUCAAUACAGUUGCAAUUUCUGGCACACUUCCAACUGAGCUCGGAUUUCUACAGAGUCUAGAGGAACUCGUGAUUUCAACAACACCGAUUUCUGGCUCUCUGCCUUCAGAGUUUGGAAAACUAGGCAAUUUAACAAUCUUCAAAGUGGUCAACACAGACCUAACAGGCUCCCUCCCUGUUGAAUUCUUCCGAAUGCAUCAGCUAACAGUCGCUGUAAUGGCAAGCCCUGGACUGAUCUCUGACUCUCUUCUUCCAGAGAUCAUUAGGAACAUGCCAAGACUACAAUUCUUAGCACUCGACCAAAGGAAAUCUGGUGAUGAGAUGCCAUUGCCUUCUGAAAUUGGCAUGCUAUCAGAGCUAGAUAACCUGCAUUUGGUUGAUUGGAAAAUAGAUGGCACUGUUCCAACUGAGCUUGGGCACUUAACAGAACUGAAUUUUCUGACCGUCAGGGAAAACUCAAUAGCAGGAACUAUGCCUCCGGAACUGUUCGAGUUGACAAAUUUGAUUGGCCUAGACAUCCAAGCCAAUCACUUGGAAGGGUCACUCCCCCCUGUGCUCUUUUCCAAGUUGACAAACUUGCAAUACUUGCGAAUCAAUAACAAUCAGUUCUCUGGCUCGAUUCCAACGGAGGUUGGGCUUCUCUCCAAUCUCAAGAAGCUGCAACUUCAGAAUACAAAUUUGUUAGGUCCCUUACCCAUCACGGAACUUCUUGCUAUGAGGAAUUUGACAAGCUUGGAAGUUGCAAACACAUCAUUAUCAGGCAGCAUUCCUAAAGAAAUGUGUGGCAGAAUGAGAGUGCAGGAGCAAGGCUGGUUUGGUGGACGGUUUUAUGAAGGGAAGAGUGAAAAUCCAGUUUGCCAUGGGACUCUCCUCUGUGGUUGCAACUGUACUGGAUGCCUCUAG